AUGAUUCACACUUUUGGAGGUUUGACAGGCGAGAGGCUUAACACUGCCAUCGCCUUUUUUGCAGGAUGCUCGUUUUUCCUUUUCGGCUAUGACAUGGGUUACAUGGGUUCGGUGCUUACGCAGAAGUCAUUUAUUGAAACCAUGCCGUCGACUGCCACAAAUCCUAACAUCCAAGGUAUCACUGUUGGUAUCUUCGAAAUCGGUUGCCUUCUUGGUGCUCUCUCUCUUCUCGAAAUCGGUGAUCGUCUUGGUAGACGAAAGACGGUCUUGCUCGGCCAGGCACUUAUUCUCGUUGGUGGACUCCUCCAGGCUUCUGCUUUCGGGUUGCCUCAGUUCCUAGUUGGUCGUGUGGUAGCCGGUGUCGGUUUGGGCCUCGAAGUUGCUACUGUGCCUCCUUGGCAAAGUGAGUGUGCCAAGCCGAAGUCCAGAGGUUACUUCGUGAUGCUGGAAGGUGCGCUGUGCUCCUUCGGUGUGAUGACAUCUUUCUGGGUGGGAUAUGCUUUUUUGAAAGGGGUCGGUGAUGAGUACCAAGUAUCGUGGCGCAUGAUCGUUGGCAUCCAAUGUAUCAUUGCCGCCGUUGUUUUUGUUGGCGUCUUCUUCCUUCCAGAGUCUCCAAGGUGGCUGUUGAAGCAUGGAUACAAGGAAGAUGCGUACCUCAUCCUUGGUGCUUUGCUUGACCUUCCCUCGAGUUCCGAGGAAGUCGAAGAAGCCGCGCAACUCAUAUUGACAUCCAUCGAAGCUCAAAAAGGAGAUCAGCCAUUCCGGUACAAGGAACUCUUUACCAACGACAGGAACCAAAACUUCAGACGUAUGAUGCUCGGUAUAUUCGUGCAAGGCGCUCAACAAAUCUCUGGCAUCAACGUCUGCAAUACCUAUGUCAUCGUCAUCCUCACCAAACAGCUCGGUUUAUCUGCCGAGAAAGCUCAGCUCUUAGCUGGGGCCAAUGGCACGCAAUACUUCCUGUUCACCUUCCUCGCCAUCCUCUUCAUCGAGAGGGUCGGCCGUCGUAAAAUGUUGAUGUUCGCUGCUACUGGCCAGGGGGCCUGUUUCUUCAUGCUUCCCUUCCUCCUCCGGAGUCCCAGUAAAGCUGCCCAGGCAGUCGCCAUCGCAUGUAUUUUCCUGUUCAACACCUUCUUCGGCCUAGCCUGGGUUGGAAUUCCAUUCCUGUACAAUGCGGAAGUCACACCACUCCGUAUUCGUGCACCAGCAAAUGCUAUUGGAACUGCUUCUAAUUGGAUAUUCUGUUUCAUCACGCUCAUGAUCGCCCCCGUUGGUUUCAAGAACAUCCACUACUGGCUCUAUAUGGUCUUUGCGAUCAUUAACCUGUCCUUCGUCCCAAUCACGUACUUCUUCGUUCCGGAGACGGCUGGUCGCUCCCUGGAGGAUAUGGACCUGUUCUUUGCCAAGGCGCACCACGAGCGGCGCAGCCCAGUCGCGGUUGCAAGAGAGUUCAAAGACGUCCAUGCAGAUGUCCACCAAGCUCGUAUCGUUUUAGGUUUAGAUGAUAUCGGAACCAAAACGCCAUCAUCCUCUAACGAGAUGUCGGAGGGUACGGGCAACGCGGCCGUUUCAACUGCUGAGCACGGCGAGGUUGCCUAG